AGAAUUGAGGAGCCAGGCAGGCACUAGGACCCAGAGGGAUAAUCCUAGACUGUGUGGUGAGGGAGAGAGUAGAGAAAGGGACAGAAAUAGGGGAAAGAGCGAGAGAAAGGGAGAGAGAAAGAGAAAUAGAGAGAAGGGAAAAAGAGAGGAUAGACGUAAGGGGGAGAAGAAAUGGAUAGAGAGAGGGAGAGCAGACAGGCAAAAUAAAAGGGAGAGAAAGGCAGAGCGGAGAAGAGAGACAGAGAGAGAGGGGGCAGAGAGAGAGAGAGAGGAGGGAGAGAGGGGACAAAAAGAGAGAGAGAGAGAAGGAGAGGGAGAGGAUGGAGAGAGAGAUAGCGAGAGAGAGAGAAUAAACCCCACUCGCGUACACAGGCUGGACAAUCGUGUGAACGCAAUUCUGCAGUCAUCUCUCCCCUCUCCGUUUGGUGUUACUGGGAGAGACAGCGGGACAGGAGGACAGAGGGACGGAGGGAAGGAGCAAUACCCCCCUCUUCCCUUCCUCCUUCCUUUCCUCUUUCCCUCGGGAGCGUGAUUGCGGAGAAUAAGCUGCAAGCUGUGGAGCUGCUCUGGAGAAGGAGGGCUGAUUGAGAUGAGGAGGGCUGACACAGACAUGUGCAGACACUGACACAGAAGAGAGAAGACAGAGACGGGGUUGGAGGUGGACUCCUGUUUGUGCUUGACAGGUCCUGGGGCUGCUUGACAGGGGAGGGACGGACGGCCGGCACCUGCCGUUCCUGUGUGAAAUGCAUUUUCUUGUUUCUCUCCUUUUAUAUUAAAGUAAAACAACACGAGGCUAUAAACUGGAUAAACUGGCUUCCCCUUUAAGAAUUGAAACUGUCUUGAUUCUAAUAUGACUUUAAAACCUUAAGGCAUUUUUAAAAGUAAAUGUAGACUUAUUAUUAUUGCUAUUAUUAUUAUUAUUAUUAUUAUUAUUAUUAUUAUUAUUACAUUUCUCUUCAAGGGAAACCUGUAUUUCAUGAAUGACUACACUUUUUGAAUCUCAUCCUUACUAAUUUGCUUUGCCGUCGAAACAUCACAACAACACCACCGGCUGAAACGUCUGUCUGCAUGGAAAACCUGGACGAACCACAGCACCCUCUGCUGGGGGGCAGGCAGAACUGCAACGGCACCGCACCCAGCACCGGCCCAGGCAACGUGUUUAAAGCAAUGAGGCGCGACACAGCGCUGCCCCCGGUGGUCUGGCCAGGCUAUGACCCCCCGAGGGAGCUGCCCUCACAGCAGCCGCUGGACCCAGGGUCUCUCCCGUGCACUCUUGAACCCUCCUUCUACCCCCCCGCCCCGAUCUGGGGCCCCCAGGAGCCCCUGGGGCCCCACAAGAAGGAAUAUCUGGAGACGGCCUUCGUGGAGGUGGGCCCGGGUUCGAAUGGGGACAGCAAGCUGCUGGAGGAUGGGAGGGAGAGAGAGGGCUACAGGACUGAGGAUGAGGAUGACCUGCUCAGCGAUUAUGAGGACUCCUCGAGCGACUUCAGCGACACGGACAGCGAGGGGAACUUCUCGAUCCUCCUCCCUCGGGACUACCUGGGGCUCACCUUCUUCUCCAUGCUGUGCUGCUUCUGGCCGCUAGGGAUCGCUGCUUUCUACCUGUCGCAGAAGACUAACCGUGCUGCUGUCCUGGGCGAUCUCCCCAGCGCCCGCUCUGCGUCUCGCCAGGCUCUGUGGUUGGCCGUGCUGUCCAUCGUGUUCGGGGUCGUCACGUAUCUCGGUGCUGUCGCCGUGCUCGUCUCCUACCUGUCGGGCAAGCCUCCCUAGAUGGGGGGGGGGGGGGGGGGGGCACAACGCUGUUUACCAGACUUCCAGACAGCGUUCAUCCCCCACUCCCCUCGUUUCACUGCCUCUUCCUCUUCCCAGUUCCUUGCCCUUCCCUCCCACCUCUUUCCCUACCUCUCACUGUCCCUCCAUCAGGAUUUUCAAUUUUCUCCUUGUUUCUAGACUGCACUGCUCCACUUCUAGUCAGAUCACAGCACACUGGGAACCAGUACAGGACAAUGGUUUACAACACUGGGACCAGUAGAGGACAAUGGUUUAUCACACUGGAACCAGUAGAGGUCAAUGGUUUACCACACUGGGAACCAGUACAGGACAAUGGUUUAUCACACUGGGAACCAGUACAGGACAAUGGUUUAUCACACUGGAACCAGCACAGGACAAUGGUUUACCACACUGGGAACCAGUACAGGACAAUGGUUUAUCACACUGGGAACCAGUACAGGACAAUGGUUUACCACACUGGGAACCAGUACAGGACAAUGGUUUAUCACACUGGAACCAGCACAGGACAAUGGUUUACCACACUGGGAACCAGUUUAUCGAUAACAGACUAACAGACACCCCCAGAUUAUUCCAGCACUGACUCUUCCAGCAGGAUUGUAGGGGAGGAUGUACCCCCAUUUUAUUUUAAAUAUAGGGCGCACAUUGAGACCCCCCCCCUCAAAAAAAAUACUGCAACCUGAUCCUGUUGAGCCUGUCUCCUCUUAAACUUCCUGCUUCCUUCUGUCUGAAUUGAGGAGUCCAGUGAAGGGUGAAGCCUGUCUAAUUCAGCAUCGCCUGGGAAAGCAUUGUGGUGGAUUUUACAGCGUAUGCACUUUCACUUUCUCCAUUAUGUAAGCAAGGAGCAAUCUAACUGUACUGUAUUGCACUGUACUGUACCAGCAAACUCAUGUACGUCUUUACAAACAGCCUCGAUUAUAAACCUAGAAAAGACAAACCACACACGUCUGUGCUGGACUGCAUUGACUUUAAUCAGACAGGAAGAGACCGGUUCUGGAUCAUAGAGGACUGGAUCACUCCAUUCAUUUCAAUAGGGAUUGUAGAGGACUGGAUCACUCCAUUCAUUUCAAUAGGGAUUGUAGAGGCCUGGAUCACUCCAUUCAUUUCAAUAGGGAUUGUACAGGACUGGAUCACUCCAUUCAUUUCAAUAGGGAUUGUAGAGGACUGGAUCACUCCAUUCAUUUCAAUAGGGAUUGUAGAGGCUUGGAUCACUCCAUUCAUUUCAAUAGGGAUUGUACAGGACUGGAUCACUCCAUUCAUUUCAAUAGGGAUUGUAGAGGACUGGGUCACUCCAUUCAUUUCAAUAGGGAUUUGGGGUUGGGACCUGUAAACGAAGCUGCAUUGCCCAGCAUGCCAGUGUGUGGAGGGGCUGGGCUGCGCAUGUUUCAGUGCAGAUCAGUUCCACAUCACAGCGAGGCGCAGGCAAGUCAGGGGACUGUCUGGCCUGAGAGCUUCAACAUCAUUGCGCACGGAGACAGCAGUCAACGACUGCCAAAAUCUGCAUGCUAGAAUAUAAACCACGAGAGAGAGAGAGAGAGAGAGAGAGAGAGAGAGAGAGACAGAGACAGAGACAGAGACAGAGAGAGAGAGAGAGAGAGAGAGAGAGAGAGAGAGAGCGCUCCUACAAUCUGUUUGGACAAUUUUCUGUUUCAAUCAUCACAUACUGGAAACUUAUCAAAAUGUUUUAAAGCAAACCCUAUGGACUCAAUAGAGCUCUCAGACUGUCUCUAAGUACAGCAGGUACACCAGAGUGUAACCGUUAACCUGUCCCCUCUGUAACACUUUGCUGCCCCCUACUGGAUAAAAGAAACAUCACUUUAAAAAAAAAAAAAAAAAAUUAUUAUUAUUAUUAUUAUUUAUUUCUUAGCAGAUGCCCUUAUCCAGGGCGACUUACAAUGAUUACAAGAUAUCACAUUAUUUUAUUUUACAUACAAUUACCCAUUUAUACAGUUGGGUUUUUACUGGAGCAAUCUAGGUAAAGUACCUUGCUCAAGGGUACAGCAGCAGUGUCCCCACCGGGGAUUGAACCCACGACCCUCCGGUCAAGAGUCCAGAGCCCUAACCACUACUCCACACUGCUCCACACUUUAGUAAUCAGCAAUUAUUUUAUUUUCUCCCAAUUUGGCAUAUCCAAUUUUUUUUAUAUUUUUUUUAAAUUUUUUUAGGCUCAGCUCACCGCUACCACCCCCCGCGCUGUCCUCCGAAGCGUGUGCCAUCAGCUGACCGCUUCCUUCCACACUGCAGGCCAGCCAUGCAGUCGCCUCAGAGCUACAGCGUCGGAGGACAACGCAGCUCUGGGCAGCUUACAGGCAAGCCCGCAGGCGCCCGGCCAGACCACAGGGCAUAGGGCGCAUCCUGCACUCCACUCGGAGUGCCUUUACUGGGUGCGCCCUCAAUCACUUAUAUUUUUGCUGUUACACUCUGGACUCUCUCUCUCAGAAUGCAAAUACGAUUGCGCAAAAUGCAAAUAAAUUCACUGUAUUUAAAAUA